AUGUCCGAUUUCAUCACCAAAUUCAACAAAUUGUCACUUGAUCAAAUUCCAUCAAAAGCUAACACCAUUGAAUUUCCCAAACUCAAUGAUGAGCAGUUGGCUUUAUCUUCUCAAUUUGAAACAUUAUCGAAAAGACUAAAUGAAAAUGAUACAUUGACACAAAUUAAUGAUUCAUUGAGAAAUAAGACUUUUGUCGUUGGAUCAGUUCCUAGUAGAAGUGAUUUGAUCUUAUUUGAGCAAGUAUUCCCAUUGGCAUCAAAAUGGACUUCGAAAGAAGAUAUCGCCAAACACAGACACUUGUUGAGAUGGGCUGACUUGGUUCAAAACACAUUAGUCAGUGUCCCAGAACCGAUCAAGAUUGAUUACGAUAUUGAAAUACCAAGAGAAAUCAAGGAGAAAAAGAAACCGGCUGCUGCUCCUGCAGCUGCCGCUGCUAAUGCUCAAGGAAAAGAUGCCUCUUCUGUGAAAGGAGAUGCUAAAUCAGAUAAGAAGAAACAAAAAGGAGAAGCAUCACAAUCUGGCCAAAAGCCAUAUGAAGAAUUAACUGAGGAAGAAAAGAAAGCUAGGGCUGAAGCUAAAGAAGCUAAAAAGGCAGCUAAAGCCAAGGCCAACGCAGAAAAGGAGAAACAAAAACAGAAUGAAAAAGCAGCAUCUGCCACCCCACCAUCUCCAGCCAUGAUUGAUCUUAGAGUUGGAUUCAUUCAAAAAGCAGAAAGGCACCCCAAUGCCGAUUCUCUUUACAUGUCAACUAUUGAUAUGGGUGAUGAAGAAGGUCCAAGAAUUGUAUGUUCAGGAUUGGUCAAUUAUAUCCCCAUUGAAGAAAUGCAAAAGAGAUAUGUCAUUGUUGUUGCCAAUUUGAAACCAGUAACCAUGAGAGGUGUCAAGAGUUGUGCGAUGGUUUUGUGUGCAUCAAAUAAAGAUGAUGGUGUGGUUGAGUUUGUUAAUCCACCACAAGGAUCGAAACCUGGUGACAAGAUCUUUUUUGAAGGUUAUAAUGGUGUUCCUGAAAAACAAUUGAAUCCUAAAAAGAAGAUUUGGGAAGCUGUUCAGCCUAAAUUCUCCACUACUGAGAAUUUCGAAGUUAUCUAUACUGAAGAAGAAGGUAAACCACCAGCAUAUUUGGUUAAUGAAAAGGGAGAAAAGUGUAAGAAUAGUACUGUUGUUGGUGCCAAUGUCAGUUAA